AAGUUGGUGCCUAAGAAGAUGAUAAUCACACAAAUAAGUCAGUUCUGCAUGACUAGCCUUGGGCUUCUCUUCCUGAUUAAUAUUCUCCCUGGAACAACUGGCCAAGGGGAAUCAAGGCGACAAGAACCUGGGGACUUUGUGAAGCAGGAUAUUGGCGGACUCUCUCCGAAGCAUGCUCCAGAUAUUCCUGAUGACAGCACCGACAACAUCACUAUAUUCACCAGAAUCUUGGAUCGUCUUCUGGAUGGCUAUGACAACCGGCUGCGACCUGGGCUUGGAGAUGCAGUGACUGAAGUUAAGACUGACAUCUACGUGACCAGUUUUGGCCCUGUGUCAGACACUGACAUGGAGUACACCAUUGAUGUAUUUUUUCGACAGACAUGGCAUGAUGAAAGACUGAAAUUUGAUGGACCCAUGAAGAUCCUUCCACUGAAUAAUCUUCUGGCUAGUAAGAUCUGGACCCCUGACACCUUCUUCCACAAUGGCAAGAAAUCAGUGGCCCAUAACAUGACCACACCUAACAAGCUGCUCAGACUGGUGGACAAUGGAACCCUUCUCUACACCAUGAGGUUAACCAUUCAUGCCGAGUGUCCCAUGCAUUUGGAAGAUUUUCCUAUGGAUGUGCAUGCCUGCCCACUGAAGUUUGGCAGCUAUGCCUAUACAACAGCCGAAGUAGUUUACUCUUGGACUCUUGGGAAGAACAAAUCUGUGGAAGUGGCACAGGAUGGCUCUCGACUGAAUCAAUAUGACCUGCUGGGCCAUGUUGUUGGGACAGAAAUAAUCCGGUCUAGUACAGGAGAAUAUGUCGUCAUGACAACCCACUUCCAUCUCAAGCGAAAAAUUGGCUACUUUGUGAUCCAGACCUACUUGCCAUGUAUCAUGACUGUCAUUCUGUCACAAGUGUCUUUCUGGCUCAACAGAGAGUCUGUCCCUGCCCGCACGGUCUUUGGUGUCACCACUGUUCUCACCAUGACCACCUUGAGUAUCAGUGCCAGAAACUCCUUACCUAAAGUGGCAUAUGCGACGGCCAUGGAUUGGUUCAUAGCCGUCUGUUAUGCCUUUGUAUUUUCUGCGCUGAUUGAAUUUGCCACUGUCAACUACUUCACAAAGCGGAGUUGGGCUUGGGAAGGCAAGAAGGUGCCAGAGGCCCUGGAAAUGAAGAAGAAAACACCAGCAGUCCCGACAAAGAAAACCAGCACCACCUUCAACAUCGUGGGGACCACCUAUCCUAUCAACCUGGCCAAGGACACUGAGUUCUCCACCAUCUCCAAGGGUGCUGCUCCUAGUGCCUCCUCAACCCCGACAAUCAUUGCUUCACCCAAGACCACCUACGUGCAGGAUAUCCCAACUGAGACCAAGACCUACAACAGUGUCAGCAAGGUUGACAAAAUUUCCCGCAUCAUUUUUCCUGUGCUCUUUGCCAUUUUCAAUCUGGUCUAUUGGGCCACAUAUGUCAACCGGGAGUCAGCUAUCAAGGGCAUGAUCCGCAAACAGUAG